CGUUCCCAAGCGACCAACAUUGAAUUCGCGAAUCUCGUACGGAACGGAUGUGUGAAAAGUCGCUGGCAAGUGUUGAUGUGUGUUCCGCGUACUUGAACCGGGGCUUAAUUUAGGUUUGCCGUGGAAAUUCGGAAAACUUUCCAGCGAAUCGUUAUGUGAGAGAUUUGAAAAGGACAAAGCAAGUGUGAAGUAUUUGUGUAGGAGGGGACGCCGUUAGCUGUAUCGAGAAUAAAAAAGGAUAAAUCAGGUUCGACCGGCGGUGAAUGACUUAAAAAGGAAGGAACUCCUUUGAUCUACUUUUCUUCGGCAGUGCUACUGAAACGGAUAACACAAUACACCAGAAAUGACUAUGGAUAAGAGUCAAUUUUCACCAUUAUUCUGGUUGUGCAUCGCCGCCCUGAUAAUUUCAUCGCACGGCCAUCCAGCACAAUCUCCACAAUCAGGGGCAAACUUUGCCAGCAACAAUAUAAUGCCACCAAUCAAAAAAGACGUUUUCAUGUCCCGCGGCUGGGGCGCUUCAGGAAUGCCAUUCUCCAUGCUAUAUCUCAAUCACUUCGCCAAAGCACAAAAAGCCUACGCACAAAAUCAGCAACAACAAAUGCAGAAACUUCGCGAGCAAGAGGCCGCUGGAGCUGGAGCCAAUCGUGAGCUGCGAGCUGUUGAGGAGGAACUUGAGCAACCUAGAACGUUGCCAUACGGAUCCAGAUAUACUGACGCACUGAUGAAUGGGCAAGCGAAAGAAAUUGGCCAAAGUGGCGGUUACAAGGAAACGGACGAAUACUCCGAUAGCACUGUCUAUCUGCCAUCCAAACCAAGCUCACCUCGAAGGCAAUACAAUGUUCCUCAACUUUUCGUGUCGUACGGCUGGGGCCCGAUGGGUUGAACCAAAUGCAGCCACGCAAUUAAUAAUCGUUUAAGAUUUAGCAUUUAAUACUAUUUAUUUUCCCUAUUUCUAGCAUUUGAUAUGUGUUAUUUGUGCCACCCAACAAGCUAACGAUUCAGAUUUGUCAAUGUGAUGUCUCGUUCCUAAAUGUGCAAAAUGUACCAUGCGAUAUACCGCCGAAAGCAGGCAAAGAAAUAAAAUAAUUUUGAAAACAGUA